CACCAAAGAUUCCCCAUGACUUUAUCAUCCCACCAAAGAUUCCACAAACCCAUCAAAUACUUCAACAACACAAACUCCUCCUUAUAAUGAUCUCCAUCUUUCUUCCAUAUCCCUUCAUUUCAACACCUAAAAACCCUAGAGUUUACUUACACUACAAUGGCUUUAGACACCCAUGGCCAGCAGCAGAAUCUGAUCAAGCCACCCCAUGUUGCCAUUGUCCCAACUCCAGGCAUAGGCCAUCUCACUCCCCUCGUUGAGCUAGCCAAAUUACUCCUCUUCCAUCAUAACUUCACCAUCACUUUCAUCAUCCCAAACGACGGGUUGCACUUGGCACCCCAAAAGAAACUCCUUGAAGCCCUCGACCCUCAGGCCAUAUCCUACAUCUUCCUCCCUCCUGUGUGCUUCGAUGACCUCCCUGACGACGUUAUGGUCGAAACAAAAAUCGCCCUCACCUUGACUCGGUCCCUCUCUGCUCUGCGCGUCUCACUUAUAGAACUAACCGAGUCAACUCGGCUGGUGGCACUUGUCGUUGAUCUUUUUGGUGCCGAUGCCUUUGAUGUGGCCAAUGAACUCCACGUGUCCCCUUACAUAUUUUUCCCCUCUUCAGCUUUGGGUUUGUCGCUUAUAUUUCAUUUCCCACACCUUCACGAGACCACUACUUGUGAGUAUAGGGACUUGCCGGAACCAGUCCAACUUCCGGGUUGUGUUCCCCUUCACGGUCGAGAUUUUAUGGACCCGGUUCAAGACCGGUCCAAUGAGGCCUAUAAAGUGAUGGUUCGGAUAUGCAAGAAGCAUAGGUCGGCUGCUGGGAUUAUGGUCAAUAGCUUUGUAGACUUGGAACCAGGUGCUUUCAAGGCUUUCAAGGAACAAGGACAAGGUCUUCCACCGGUUUAUCCGGUUGGACCAGUAAUAAAGAUCAGUUCAGCAGAUGGGUUUGAAGGGAAUGAGUGUUUGAAGUGGCUUGAUAAGCAACCCAAUGAGUCAGUGUUGUUUGUUUCAUUUGGGAGUGGAGGAACGUUCUCACAAGAGCAAAUGACUGAAUUAGCCUUGGGACUUGAAUUGAGUGGGCAGAGGUUUAUUUGGGUUGUUAAGAGCCCAAAUGAGACAGCUAAAAAUGCAAAUUAUUUUAAUGUGCAAGGCAUUGAGGACCCUUCUGGUUUUUUACCACAUGGGUUUUUGGAGAGGACGAAAGAGGUAGGCCUAGUGGUCCCAUCUUGGGCCCCACAAGUCCAAGUGCUGAGUCACCAAUCAACAGGUGGGUUUUUGACUCAUUGUGGAUGGAACUCAACAUUGGAGAGCAUUGUGCAUGGUGUGCCUUUGAUUGCUUGGCCACUCUAUGCAGAGCAAAGGAUGAAUAGGGUGCUCCUUGUUGACGGUUUGAAGGUUGCUUUGGGUGUAAAAUUGAAUGAUAAGGGGAUAGUGGAGAGCCAAGAUAUUGCUAAGUAUGUUAGGGGCCUAAUUGAAGGUGAUGAAGGGAAAUUGCUAAGGAACAAGAUGAAAGGGUAUAAAGAGGCAGCCAAAUUGGCUUUAAGUCAAGAAGGGUCUUCUACCAAGUCACUUGCUGAGGUGGCUCAGGUAUGGAAGAGCCUCAAGAUCUAAUCCAACCUAAUGUCUCAAUUAAUAAUGGUUUCAUUACAGAUUGAAUGAACAUUUGUGGUUUCCUUGGCCUUUAUCUUAAUUGAAAAUAAUUUGUUAUCUUUUCCCA